ACGUGAGCCCGAACUUGUUCAACUUGUGAGUGAUGUCAAAAAAGUCAUCGAUAGAGAGAAACAGAGAGAAAGUGAGACAGCACAAUUGAGAGACAAAGUUCACUCCAAGCUGGAAGCGAGCAAGUCAAGGUUUCUGUCCAUAGAAUCUGGAACUCCAAUGGGGCUGGGGUAUGUGGAUGCUCACGGUGUUCCAUCUCCUGUCAGUUGCUUCAGCAUCGCUUCCGAUGCCCUGCGCCAGCCAUUUUCAGCCUCAGAUGCCCUGCACCGACGUCGGCAGCACGAUCAGCCACGAUGGCUGUCUCCUCAUUGCUAGAUCUUGAGGUGAUCGGCUUGGACGGCCAAGGGCAUCAUCUUCGUGUGUCGAGUUCUCUCACUGGCCGUCACCUGCGGAAUAUCAUCAGUGAGCGUUUCCCCAAAGCCGGCGCCCGGGUCUCCCUGCAGAAGGGUUCUGAGAUGAUUUUGCUGAACAAAACUUUGGAGGAACAGGGCCUUUUUGAAGCUGCCAGCAUAUCCUGUGUGUACAUUCCGGCAAGCUUAGUAGAUGCCUGGAGAUUUAUGCAAGGCCUGACGGUCGAGGACGAAGAGACCGCGCUAGAAGGAGUAUCGCAUGUCGAAGGGAUCAAUAGCAUGAAUCAGUCGAAAGAGCUGCCCCACACCUUGCGGACGCUAAAAUUUGGGACUGAAUUCAAUUACACUUUGGAUGGAGUGACUUGGCCAAGCCGCAUCCGGAAUUUGACUUUCGGGGCACAAUUUAAUCAGAACUUGGAGCGGGCGACCUUGCCAAAGAACCUGCUACAUUUGACAUUUGGCGACCUAUUUAACAAGAGUUUGAAGCGUGUGACCUUGCCAAAUGCGCUUGAAACUCUGACGUUUGGCUGCCAUUUCAACAAGUGUUUGAAGGGUGUGGCUUGGCCCGGCACGCUCCAAAGACUGACUUUUGGCACGCAAUUCAACCGGUGCUUGGAAGGAGUUGCUUGGCCGAGCGCACUUCAGGAGUUGACGUUCGGCUCACAAUUCAACCAAAGUUUGGAUAGAGUGACGUGGCCUCGCAGCCUCCAAACAUUGAACUUCGGCAAGCGAUUCAACCAGACGUUGAAGGGAGUUCUUUGGCCACAGAAUUUGCGAAGUUUGAUGUUUGGCAGUGACUUGAGCCAGUGCUUGAAUGGAGUGAUUUUGCCCAGGAACCUUGAGAAUUUGAUCUUCGGCGAUUCUUUUGACCAGAGCUUGGAGGGUGUGACUUGGCCCAGUCACCUCAAGAACCUGAGUGUUGGCGACCAGUCCGGUAAGAGCUUGAAGCAAGUGAAUUGGCCAAGCAGCCUGCAACAGCUGACCUUUGGCAAGGUUUGCCAGCAAUCUCUUGACGGUGUGACUUGGCCCACAUGCCUUGAGACUUUGAGUCUGGGCGACCACUUUAACAAGAGCUUGGAGCAAGUUACGUGGCCGAAUCGCCUCCGUUGUCUCACGUUUGGUGUCGAAUUCAACCAGGCUUUGGACGGUGUGACUUUCCCCAGUGGCCUUCAGACCCUGAUUUUCGGUGAGCACUUCAACCAGAGUUUGGACACAGUCACAUGGCCCAGCGGCCUUCGAAACAUAACCUUUGGUUCCAAAUUCAACCAGAGCUUGGAUAGGAUAACUUGGCCCAGCAAUCUCCAGAGCUUAGCAUUUGGCAAUGAUUUCACCAAAGGUUUGAACAGAGUAGUUUGGCCUCAUGGACUUCAACACCUUACAUUUGGCCAAGAAUUCAACCAGAGUUUGGAGCACAUCAGUUGGCCCAGUCUGCAGACUUUGACAUUUGGUGACCGCUUUAAUAUGCGGUUGAAGCGAGUAGCUUUGCCAGACAGCAUCCAGAGCUUAGUCUUUGGUGACCUCUUCAACAAGAGCAUUCGGCGGGUGGCUUGGCCCGGCAGCCUUCGAAGCUUGUCGUUUGGCUCCCGAUUCAACCGGAGACUCAAAGGGGUGAAAUGGCCCAAGAGUCUCCAAAGUUUGAGGCUUGGCACCCAUUUCAAUCGUCCGCUGGAAGGGGUCACUUGGCCAAGCAGUCUUCGGACGUUGACCUUUGGCAGCGACUUCGAUCAGCGGUUGGAUCGAGUGACUUGGCCCAGCAGUCUUGAGAAUUUGACGUUGGGCUCGGGAUUCAACCAGCGAGUCCUUUGGCCCAACCACCUGCAGAGUUUGAACCUCAGCGGCCAAGCGAAAGAUGUAGUGGAACCAGUUCAGCUACCCAGCAGCUUGAGGAGUUUGGAUUACAACGGCUUGGUCUUGAGGGCGCACUGCUAGCUGGAAAAGUAU